AUGAGAGGUAAACUCAUCCUUAUAGAAGGUCUUGAUAGAUCAGGGAAAUCUACACAAGCUCAGAUACUUUCUGAUAAACUUGAUGCUUUACUCAUUAAAUUUCCAUGUAGAGAAACAAAAGUGGGAUCUAUCAUUAAUGAAUACUUAGUUGAUUCAACCGUUAAACUUUCAGAUCAAACAGCACAUUUACUUUUCCUGGCAAAUAGAUGGGAAUUGGCACAUUCCAUCGUAGAUACCUUGAAUAAGGGACGAUUUGUGGUGAUGGAUAGAUAUAUAUAUUCGGGAAUUGCAUAUUCCCUAGCAAAACUGAGAAGUGGAGGUUCUAGUGAUUCAGAGAUGAAUCUGAUCGAUUGGCUCUAUUCUCCAGAUAAAGGAUUACCAAAGCCAGAUUGUACUCUAUUCCUUACUCUAGAUUUGGAAGAAUUGGGCAAUCGUAAAGGAUGGGGUGAAGAGAGAUAUGAAAAGGAAUCAUUUCAAAAAAUCGUGAAAUCAUGUUUUGAAGAAAUUUUUCAACUUGACACCCACGCUGUCACCAAGAUUGAUGUAAAUAAUAUGGAUAUCCCACAGGUUUCAGAAUUAAUAAUGUCCAAAUUGGAAUCCAUUGGAGCAUUACAAACUACUGAGAAAAGUAUUGAACGAUUCACAUAA